AAACUCUCCAACUUCGCUCUCUCUCUAUCUUCUCUCUGACGUGACUUCUCUCUCUUCCUCCCUUCAAUGGCGACCACAAACUCUCUCCACCACUCUUCUUACACGCACCACCGCCACAAUCUCCCUUCCCAAUCUCAUUUCGUACCUACUUCUCUCUCCCUCAAACAACCCACUUCCGCCGCAACAUUCUCACUUAUCUGCUCUGCUUCUUCCUCCUCCUCCUCCGUGGCCGUCUCCGCCGUUUCUACCACAAACGCCUCCGCCACGACCGCCGAAUCCGCGACCAUAUUCGACGUUUUGGAGAACCACCUCGUCAGUCAAAACUUCCGACAAGCCGACGAGGAGACUCGGAGAUUACUCAUUCAGAUAGCAGGAGAAGCCGCCGUGAAGCGCGGCUACGUUUUCUUCUCCGAGGUGAAAUCAAUCUCGACCGAAGAUCUCAAAGCUAUAGACAAUCUAUGGAUGAAACACAGCGACGGGAGAUUCGGUUACAGCGUGCAGCGCAAAAUCUGGUUGAAAGUGAAGAAAGAUUUCACAAGAUUCUUCGUUAAAGUUGAGUGGAUGAAGCUUCUUGAUACAGAGGUUGUUCAAUACGGUUACAGAGCGUUUCCUGACGAAUUCAAGUGGGAGCUUAACGAUGAAACGCCUUUAGGACACUUACCGCUCACUAACGCCUUGAGAGGUACGCAGCUUCUCAAAUGCGUUUUAAGCCAUCCCGCUUUUGCGACUGCUGAUGAUGAUAACAGUGGAGAGACAGAACAAGAGCUUAACAGAGGUGUCGCCGUGGCUAAGGAACAACAGACUGAGACACCAGCAGGAGGAGACAAAAGACUGUUUAAAACAAACUACACCUUCUAAUUAAUGAUUUGGUGAAGAGAGAGAGAGAGAGAGACUGUGGAUGAAUACAAAGUAGGCAUUUUGGCUCUGUUCAAGAAAGCUGCACCUCAUAUAAUGAUCAGUGUGUGACUAAUAUCUAAAGAAUACGUUGCUGCUUCUGUAGCCUUGUAGUUAAUUCUCAAUGUAGGCCACACACACGUUACACUUGAUGUGGACAGAUGCUUUUUUCUCUCGGUCUGUGGUAUUCAAUGAAUAAACGUUUUAGUCA